AUGGUUGAGGGCACCUUGUAUCCAAGCGCCCGUGUAUUCCAGGGCAUCCCCUUCGGAGUUGCUCAGCGAUUUCAACCACCAGAGCUGGCAGCUGCUUGGAAGCCCCAGACUCUGGUUGCAAGGCAGUUUCGACCCGCCUGCAUGCAUCCGAGCGGCUAUAGACAGGAAGGUGUAAGCGAGGAUUGCUUGUACCUUAACGUGUACACCCCAACUUGGGGGGUUGGGGACAAGCCAAACCCUGUGCUUGUUUGGUUUCAUGGUGGCGGCUACACCCUGGGGGCUGGAAGUGACACUGCUCCAGACGAUGCGGCCGAACUUGUCUGGAACCACAAGGUGGUGGUUGUAAGCACCAACUAUCGUUUGGGCGUCUUUGGCUUUUCAGGAUCAGAAUCCUUGCGUGCCAGAGAUAACUCGACGGGUAAUUUUGGGAUACAGGACCAGAGGCUGGCGUUGGCCUGGGUUCAGAAGCAUAUCCGUGCCUUCGGUGGUGAUCCGGCGAGGAUCACGGUGAUGGGCUGGUCUGCAGGUGCUGCAUCUAUCUCGGUUCACUUGGUGGCAUCAAGAUCCAAAGGGCAUUUCUCACGCGCCAUCAUCAUGUCAGGUGGUUUUACCGAUUGGGCAGCCUUGCCAAUGUCAGCUGCAGAGUCUGCCUUUGCCUCCGUUUGCCGCUGCCUUGGCUGCGCCAAGACUGACCGCCGAUGCUUGCUCGGAAAGUCUGCAGAGGAGACUAUGAACUGUGGCAGUGGGCAAUGGUAUGGCCCUGUUGUGGAUGGUGUCGAAAUGACUGUAAGUCCCUACGAAGCCAUCAAGACAGGAAGCCCUGUCGUGGAUUUUUCCGUGCCAAUCAUCAUCGGCAACACUCUGGGCGACAAGCUCGUGGAUUUGGGUCCGAAUGCAGAUGAUCACAAGCUCCGAAAAUAUCUUGAGACACAGAUGUCGCCGGCUACAGCCGAGAAGGCGAUGCGACUGUAUCCUCUUUCGAUCUUCAGAGAUUAUGCGCUGAGCAUAUUCCCAAAUCAGUGGAGUGCCGCUUACUGGGCGGCUCGUGUGAUGGGCGCAGACAAAGACUUUACGUGCAUCAUGCGGCGGGUCGUCCACCGAUUCCACGAACACGGAGGCCAAGCUUUCUGGUAUAGUUGGCUGGUGCCACAGGUAUUCAACAAAAAGCAAAUGACGGCCCUGAGGAAGGCCUCCGAAGCCAUGGAUGCAAAAACCAGUUGGGGGCAGCUGCUAUCCUUGCCCUGGUGCCGGGCAUGGAUCUGA